AUGUUUCGCACAAUCCUCUACGUUAUGGUGUUGAAGCGAAAGAGAGACGCAAAAGCGUUCUACUGUGCAUUACUAUCAAUACCUAAAGUUGCUAUUGUACAUGCAUUGCUUGCUGGCGUAUUGUACCAAUCGUACCCUUAUAUAGUCAUGUUAUGGAGCCUUGGUGCUAAUGCCGUACAUCUUGCAGUGGAGGGAAAAUUGUCAAUGAAGGAGAUAGCGAAGGUCGUUUUCACCUCGCCACUGCACAUAGCAAUGCUGAUUGUAAACAUGUCUUUACUGGCGUUUGCUCUGUUAGCUCUCUCAGUGCAAAAGUAUGUUCUUUUAUAAUC